CGAAUACCGACGCAUAGGAAGCAGGCAGCUCGCUAGGAAAGGAGGAUACGUCCUGGUGAAGAACCAGGACCUGGGCGACAUCGACACGCCAUUAUUCGUUAUAGGCUACACACCCCGCUGGAGAUGACGAGACACAUGUUCCGAUUGUCCCACAACGUGCUACGUCAUCCGGUGAAAGACAAAGAUUUAGCAGAGGGUGGUGCGCUCCGACGCACAACCGAUGGUGAAGGUGAGACAACUCCAACCUCCUCACCGUCGCCUUCGCGCUCGCCACACCCAAACCCACCUUUGCAGCUACAACAACGCCCCCACGGUCCCGAACUCUUCCUCGCACUGAUCCCAAGGCCAGAAUCGCAAGCGCAAGCGCGUGUUACCCACGCGACAUACCAAACACCCCGAUCACAUUCGUACGUCUUGCUCAUGCGCGCAACUCCAACAAUGCCCGCGACCGUCGUGCCCUCGCUAACUCAUGCGGAACAGCAAGCCAAAAUCAAUCCAAAGCAGGCCAUGUCGCGACACGCAUCGACCCUCCACCGCAGUCCCCGCGUGACUGACGCCAUGUACCGCCUCGCCAACGCUGAGAACGAAAAGCCCGCCAAGCAGACUGGAAGCUCGACCCAGGUUGACGCGACGAGCGCUGAAAUCGACGAAGGCGUUCUGUUCAUGACUAUCUCCAAGCGGCGGGGUUCGGGGGUGACGGAGGAGGAGUGGAAGGCGCGACAUGAUGAGGUGGAGAUGCGACGAGAUUCGGCGACGGAGGGCGAGGGAAAGGAGGGUGGAGAUAGGGUGUAAACCUUCGCGCUGCAGCAACGGUUGGAUUUCUCAUGCAGCUGUGUUUGUGUCGUGGAUGGAAGCUCUCUUCCGAGUGGAUGUAUUGUCGCAGACGAUGUUCUGGUCGCUGCUGUCAGCGAGGAUAAUGAGCCUUCAAAGCGUGAGCAAGCCGGAACUUCC